AUGUCGACAAGUGAAACAUCAGACUUAUCUGCACAAGUCAAGCAUAUACUUACAACAUUAUCAUAUUUAGUUGAGGAGCAAUUUAAAUCAACAGAAGUACAGAAGUUAAUAAGUGAUCAAGAAAAAUCUUUCGAUAUGCUAUUUUUAGAACAUUUUCCUCGCUUAGCAUCAAUUUAUGCUCAUUUAUAUAAAGUACCAGUGAUUCAAUUUAAUUCAUUUGGAUUGAUGCGAGGUACUGCUGAAAUGAUGGGUGCUUCCUCUCAUUGCAUCUUGUAUCCAAUACCUAUACAUUACAAUUUUUUUAAUCUUACUAUAUGGGAAACAAUAACCAAUAUAAGUAGAAAUACGGUGUUAUAUUUUAAUUAUUACUACAAUUUAUGUUAUUCUGACAAUGAAAUUUCAAAAAGACUGUUUGGCCAAGACUUUCCAGAUAUUGAAGAAGUGCGAGGAAAUGCUAGCUUGCUAUUUUUAAAUAUACAUAACCUAUGGGAUUUUAAUCGACCUCAACCAAAAAGUGUCAUAAAUUUAUCAGGUAUACAUUAUUAUACUAGAAGAGAAUUACCUAAGGAUCUUCAAAUUUAUCUUGACCACUCUAAAAAUGGCGUUAUUUAUAUGAGUCUGGGUACUAAUUCUAGACCAUCAUCUUUACCAAUAAAUACUAUUAGAAUAAUUACAAGAGUAUUUGCACAACUGCCUUAUAAUGUUUUACUUAAGUGGGAUGGAGAGUUAGUUGGUAAUCCAAAAAAUGUUAAAGUUUUGAAAUGGUUUCCACAGUCCGAUUUGCUGGGACAUCCAAAUAUUAAAGUAUUUAUAACUCAAGGAGGAUUACAGUCGUCGGUAGAAGCAAUUAAUUCUGGGGUACCUUUAGUUGCACUACCAUUAUUAAUAGAUCAAUGGUAUAAUACAGAGAUUUAUAAACAUUAUAAAAUUGGUAUCCAAUUACAUAAAGACACACUUACUGAUGAUAAAUUUAAAAAUUCCAUUGAGACAGUUAUUAGUGAUGUAAGUUAUCGAGCAAACAUCAUCAAGCUACGUUCUCUAAUGCAAGAUCAGCCGCAAACAGCAUUACAAAGGGCCGUGUGGUGGACGGAGCAUGUACUACAGCACGGUGCAAAACAUUUGCGAGCACCAGCUGCUAAUAUGCAUUGGGCCGUAUAUUAUGAACUGGAAUUAGUGUUUACUGUCAUAUCUAUUUUUAUUGUUUCUAUAAUAAUAGUAAAGAAAGCACUUUCUUAUGUUAUGUUUAAAGUUGUCAUUAUUUUUAAGCGAAUUCUGCUUAAACAAAAGUUUGAU